AUCCUCCCCGGGUACUUUGGGGUAAUGGCUGGGAUGUGAGAUGAGCGGAUCGGCCGCAUCCGUUGAACGUGAGGCGCUUCCAUCGAGAGGACCGUUAACUCGGGCGUUGCCGAGUUAAAAUGGUUGAUAUCCGACCCGAAAAGCAUCCCAAAACCGUUUUACAUAUUGCGAACAUCUCCGUCAAAUUGCACCCACUGUUAUUGGUCAGUUCUGCCUGCCGAUCAGAGGUUAAGCUGAGGCCAUGGCAGUGAAGGACCGUGUAGAGGCGGUGCUCAAUGUGGGCCUGCGUGUUCCCAGCAUCAUGCUGCUGGACGUCCUGUACCGCUGGGACGUCAGCUCCUUCUUCCAGAAGAUCCAGCGGUCCAGCCUGUCCAACAACCCCCUGUUCCAGUACAAAUACUUGGCACUCUACCUGCACUACGUAGGUUACAUCCUGAGCCUGGUACUCCUGACUCUGCCUCGUCAGCACCUGGUUAAACUCUACCUGUAUGUACUUACAGCCCUGCUGCUGUUUGCUGGUCACCAAGUCUCAAGGGAUUAUGUCCGCAGUGAACUGGACUCUGGCUAUGAAGGACCUGUCUACCUGGAACCUCUCUCCAUUAACAGAUUCACCACUGCACUCAUUGGUCAGCUGGUGGUGUGUACCCUAUGUUCCUGUGUGAUGCAGACCAAGAGAAUGUGGCUUUUCUCUGCUCACCUCCUCCCUCUGGUGGCCAGACUGUGUCUGGUCCCACUAGAGACCAUUGUUUUCAUCAAUAAGUUCUCCAUGAUCUUCACUGGUCUGGAGGUCAUUUACUUCCUGGCUUCUAACUUGUUGGUACCUUACAACCUGGCCAAGACUGCCUACAGGGAGCUGGCCCAGGUGGUGGAAGUGUAUGGGCUGCUUGCUUUGGGUAUGUCUCUAUGGAACCAGCUGGUCCUUCCGGUACUCUUCAUGUGUUUCUGGCUCCUGCUGUUCGCAUUGCAGAUCUACUCCUACUUCAGCACCAGAGACCAGCCUACCUCAAGGGAGAGGCUCCUUUUCCUCUUUCUUACCAGUAUUGCAGAAUGUUGUAGUACACCAUACUCUCUUUUGGGACUGGUUUUCACUGUCUCCUUCGUUGCUCUGGGAGUUCUCACACUCUGCAAGUUCUACCUGCAAGGCUACAGAGCCUUUAUGAAUGACAACACCAUGCACAGGGGGAUGACAGAAGGCAUCACCCUGCUGAUCCUCGCUGUCCAGACUGGCCUCAUCGAGCUUCAAGUCAUUCACCGAGCCUUCCUCCUCUCCAUCAUCCUCUUCAUUGUGGUUGCGUCUAUCCUGCAGUCCAUGUUGGAGAUAGCUGACCCCAUCGUUCUGGCCUUGGGAGCAUCAAGAGACAAGAGUUUGUGGAAACACUUCAGAGCGGUGUCUCUGUGUCUGUUCCUGCUGAUCUUUCCAGCCUACAUGGCCUAUAUGAUCUGUCAGUUCUUCCACAUGGACUUCUGGCUACUCAUCAUCAUUUCCUCCUCAAUCCUCACAUCACUGCAGGUUCUCGGCACUCUGCUGAUCUACAUUCUCUUCAUGGUGGAGGAGUUUCAAAAGGCUCCAGUAGAGAACAUGGAUGAAGUUAUCUACUGUGUCAACGGGACGUACAGAUUUCUGGAGUUCCUGGUUGCAGUGUGUGUGGUGUGCUACGGCGUGUCGGAGACAGUAUUUGGGGAGUGGAGUGUGAUGGGCAGCACCAUCAUCCUGGUCCACUCGUAUUAUAACGUCUGGCUCAGAGCCCAGCUGGGCUGGCAGAGCUUCCUUCUCAGGAGAGAUGCUGUAAACAAGAUCAAAAGCCUCCCAACGGCCAGCAACACACAGCUGGAACAGUACAACGACAUCUGUGCUAUCUGCUACCAGGACAUGAACAGUGCUGUGAUCACUCCAUGUAGUCAUUUCUUCCACGCCGGCUGUCUGAAGAAAUGGCUUUAUGUCCAGGAGACAUGCCCCCUCUGUCACUCGCAACUAAAGAGCCAAUCACCAACCACCAUCCCAGAAGCCCCUGCAGCCAAUCAGAGCCCUGCAGGGCAAGAAGAAGCAACAGCGGAUAAGAAGCCAAAAGAUGACCCACUUCCAGAGGAUGCGACGGAGGGAGCAGCAGAGCAGGAGGGAGUUAAUGGACCUGCCAUGUCAGCUGGAGAAACCUCCUCCUCUGGUGUGCCCUCUACUCCCCAGCACUUAGCCAAGACUCCAACCUCCUCAUCAUCUUCCUCUUCUCCUUCUCCACUUGUGACUGACUCUCGGAAGCAGUCACUCACAGAUCACCCUUCUUCGUCUUCCACCUCUUCCUCUGCCACAAUGGACAUGCUCCUCCAUCUCCCUCCAACUCCCUCCUCCUCCUCCUCCUCCUCCUCCUCCUCCUCCUCCUCCUCCUCACAGCCACUGGCACAGGCAAAGAUAACCCCUGCUGAACCUGAGUCCGCCCCUCAACUAAACCGAGUCUUCUUACUCGACAGCAAGGAGUCACCUACUGGUCCGUCAUCAGCUGGACAGGCCCACCUCCCCUUCCUCUGAGGAAUGGCCUCCUCCAUGCAGCCUCUGAGCCUCAUUGUAACACGCAUCAUACGUGCAUGCACAUAUAAACACACAAUCUAAUUACUCCAUCUGCUAAUAUUCUGCCUAUAUUCUAUUUAUCCAGCGGUUGGCUAUCCCAUCAUGAACUAUAAAAACCUCUCCAUAUUGUUUGAGAGAAAAAAUAUCCUAAACAAUCUUUCUGCAGAUAUUCAUCACUCAACAUUACAAGGAAUACAGAUGAUUGCCAUUUUUCAGGCAAUUGUCUUGGACCAGUUCAUCUAAAUGUGUUUAACUUUCAUGCCAGCAAUGAUUUUAAUUUUCCAUUCAACACAAAAAGAGGAAAGCAGUAAUCUCAUUUGAUAAAUGAUUGGUAGGUCUACAUGUCCACAAAAUGUGAACUCCUGAAUGAAACUGAAGUAUCACAUCACAGUUAGCUUUUGACAUAUUAGACCUACGAUGACCUUUCUAAAAUCAUGCUUAUGUCCCUCUCAUUUCAUGUGACAUCAUGUCUUUGUUUGUGCAGCGUCACUCUCAUUGCUGUACAUCUCUUAGUAUUUGGUUUUGUCUUUGAUAUGCCAGCGACACCUGAUGGUCGUUUCAUGAAGUCUACAGAUUUCAGAUGUUUUAGUUUUCACUGCUGGAUGACGGUAGUUAUGUGUAUUAGUGAAUACAUUAGCAGAGACUGAAUGUUGUUUCUUGAGGCCGUCGUGUGACCUGUAGCCUGGUGCUAAGCAGAGGAUACAUGGUGUGGCCUAUUAUGUGUUGCAGUGUGAACAAAUCAAAGGGUUCACAUGGGAGAACUAAUUCAUUUAAUGUGUCACGCGUUCUCUAUUAUACUUCAAUAUUUGAUUCAAACUUGUUUGGCUGGUCCCAGCAAAAAACAGUUCUACUCCUCAUCGCCAAACUUUUGUAUUACUGUUAAAGAGAUGCUAUUUUUAAGAUCAUUUUUACAUUAUGCUUUAUUGGACAGCCCGGACUGAAAAUAAGGAGUAAGGACAGAGGGGGGAGGAGGGAGCUAAUGUUGCAACAGAGGCCGCAGUUUGUAUUUGAACCUUCAGCAUUGUGAGAAUUGGCCCACAGAGUCGGCAAGAAGCCCAAACAUUUGAGUCGCCGGCUUCGCUUCAUUUAUGGUACUCAUGCGCACUCAUUUCCACAUUUAACCAGUCCAUCCCAAGUUUCCCAACGAGCCAGAGAUUGUUGAGACUCUGUCGUGGCAGGAACCAAUCACCUCGCUCCAUCCAGCCCCUUUUUUAUAAACCAAUCCCAUCCAAGCACCCUGUGCUUUUCCGUUACCAUCAUCAUCAUCUUCCUCCUGCCCAGUCACUUCACUCUAUGAAAUGUUACUACCAGCAAAUUGAGUCACUUGAUGGGAGAGCUUUUUUAAUUUUAUUUUUUUCACACACGUGCUUGCACACUAUUUCUGUCGACUCCUGUGCUUGGCAAAUGGAGCUCGACAGAAGUGUGCGUGUUGAGUUUAUUGAAAGACUAAAACUUGAGAAUGCCGAGUCCUGAUGCACGCUUAUAUGUAGAGCUUGCACGCUGUCACUCUUACCAUAGCAUUAAUUAGUAGGUUUUUUUCCUCCAAUGUGCUCUAACCUAGCUACCAAUUUUUCUUUUUUUGGAGGGCGGUGAGGGUUGCAUUUGCACUAAUGUCAUUUCUACUAGCUGUGUGUGUGUGUGUGUGUGUGUGUGUGUGUGUGUGUGUGUGUGUGUGUGUGUGUGUGUGUGUGUGUGUGUGUGUGUGUGUGUGUGUGUGUGUGUGUGUGUGUGUGUGUGUGUGUGUGUGUGUGUGUGUGUGUGUGUGUGUGUGUGUGUGUGUGUGUGUGUGUGUGUGUGUGUGUGUGUGUGUGUGUGUGUGUGUGUGUGUGUGUGUGUGUGUGUGCUGUAUGGCAUCUAUAUUAAACCAGAGGAGUGUUGAUAUAUAAAAAUAAGAUUGGGGCUUGGCUUCUCCAAAGCCUCCCAGUGGUUUGAUGUUCUUUGUUACUUUACAUGCCCGUGAACAAAGACAAGACUUUGGAGGAACCAAGCCUUCUGGUCUGAGACCAGCCAGUGUUACUGCUUCUCCAGUCUGUAUGAUGCGUCCUCCAGCUGGUGUGAUCACUCUGGUGCCCUCUGCUGUUAGGAGUGGGAUCAGCACGGCGCUGACGGACAGGAGAUGUACUAACCCUCAAAAGUAUUACUUACUACCACUAUUACUAAAGGUCGUAUUACUAUGAAUGACUUAAUUGUUGACAUUUGUAAAGCGUUGGCCACAGGGCAGAGAAUGAAUACAUAAUCAAUGUAGGAUCAAACCUGGCCAGCGCUGUUUAACUGCGUUUAUUAUUUUUUUUUAAGAUAUGAAAUGUAGAGUUCGAUGUAUUUUGCACAUGUUCCUCUGAAAGGUAAACAUAAGGACUUCUGUAUUCUU